AUUAGUUCAGAGCCGUCUCUGUUUCCAAAUAGCUAGGUUGGGCUAGAGGAGAGGAGGCCUUGGCAGGGAGGGGAAGGAAAGGAGAGCGAGAGAGGCAGCAGGCAGCAGGCAGGCUUAUCCACCCCAAACACUGCAACAGUAAAAGUCGAGAGAACAGAAAAGGAAAAGAGUGUGAAGAAAAGGGGAGAAAUGGGGAAGGGGCAGAAAGGUUCUUCAGACAAGAAGGAGGGCAAGAAGAAGAAGAGAGAUGAAAGCCCAGCGCCAGAGGACGGACACAAAUGCAGAGUCUGUCGCUUCCCUCUGCUCGUCGCCCUGCUCCAGCUGCUGUUGGGGUUGGCCGUUACAGUUGUGGCCUUCCUCAUGUCGGCCAUCAGCCCCUCACUCCUGGCCAGGGAGACACCAUACUGGGCUGGAAUCAUUCUGUGUUUAGUUUCCAUCGCAGGCUUUAUCCUGUACUACAUCACCUACCUCCCUGAGGAGAGAACGUCUGGUCAAUUCAUUGCCAAGAUCCUGUACUUUGUGCUGUGUACCAUUGGCCUGGUCAUAUCAGUUCUGGCUCUGUCGUUUGCUGGACACCACUACUCACAGACCAGCGGCUUCAGCUGUGAGCAGCUGGGAUCGGACUGCGUGUGCAAACUGGAUCAAAAUGACCCCAUAGCACGCACCUUCACCUACGAGGGAGUCGACGCCUGUGAGGCGAUCACCGGGACACUCCCCGUCUACUUCCUGCUCCAGAUCGUGCUGAACCUGGCCCAAGCACUGGCGUGUGCCGCCGGUGCCUUUAUCAUGUGGAAGCACCGUUACCAGGUGUUUUUCGCCGGCCUUCAGGUUGGCUCUCCCUUUUCCCAGCAGUGGCAUAAGGUCUAACACUGAGGUGAAAGAGUUGAUGGGAGGACUCUGAUCACUAAGUCCAGGUUGAAGGGGGACGGGGACAUUUGCCUUUGUGGUGUGUGCCAACAUGUCUUUUCUUUGAUGUCAGUUUAUAUUAACCUUUUGUGGUACUUGUUUUAUAAUGGCUCUUUGCACACAUUUUAUAUACCAUAUAUAAUUUCCAUUUUCAGAUGUUAUAAAUGACAACUAGAAUAAAUGAAUAAAAGCAAAACAACUGUUUUCUGAAAAAAAUA